AUGGAAACCAAAUCACGUCGUCGAUCCUCUACACUCUCCACAUCUCCAAAGUCUGGCGGUAUUAGAAGACGUGCUACGAAAUCGCAUGUACCUGCAGCUUGUGUUCAUUGUCAAAGAGCUCAUCUUGCUUGUGAUGUCGAACGUCCAUGCAAGCGUUGUGUGCAGGCGGGUCGUGAAGACAAUUGUUUUGAUGUGCAACAUAAGAAACGUGGGAGACCAAGAAGGCGAGAUCGUGAAGAAUCGGUUGGAUCCAUCGCAUCUAAUUUUGGGUCUAUGGAUGGUGCAUCCGGCAUAUUGGUUCCUGAAAUGAUCCGGUCAUCGUUUUCUUUGACACAGCCGGUGCAAGGAGUGGAUCAGUGUGCCAAUUCACCUGGCACAAAAGAUAGCCAUAUGGUCACGCUAUUCUUGUCAAUGGAUGUAUGCUGUGCCCGUGUAUCUGAUGAAUCAUUGCAAGCGCUUGGUCUAUACCCUCACGAAUUUGCACACCGUUCAUUGUACGAUUUCAUUUUCCCGGAGCAAAGCGAUCGCCUUGCACGUAUCCAUCGAUGUCUAUUGGAUAAUGCUAGCAGUGUAUGUGGUGUUAAACAUAUGCCUCCUACCGAACGCACCACCGCAGAUUGCUUUUCCAAUACCUCACCAGCCAUGUUGAUGACUAUCGCUAAUGGCUCGCAAACACUGAAAGAGACCUUGAACUUUAAGACAUCAAGUGGGUCGUACGUACCAAUGCAAACACGCUUCUAUCUCGGAGGAGGUCUAGGCUCAGAUUUGUUUGUAUCGGAUUCUCUACAACAUCUAUACAUUGUAUGUUUGGCCACAAUUGAUCAGCAACCACAACCCAAGAUGGCAGAUACCACCAUUGAAGAUGAUCCACUACGCGUUCUACUAUCAGAAAUGGAGCAUCCACUUGGUCUAUAUAGCGUGGAUGCAUCCGAUCCCUCGACACCAUCCAACAACAGCGUUACAGGAAGUGGAUUGCUUCUUCAUAAUGGCGACGAUGGAUACAUGGUAUCACCAUCAUUGAGCAUGUCGCCAUCUUCUUCACCAGUCAACAUUCCAUUUUUGAGUAAGGAUGUUAUACAAGAAUCACCCUCUGGGUUAUUAUGGCAGGAUCCAUGGAUGUCGGCAACGACCGGGAAUGAUUUCGACAUGCUUAAUAUCCACGGGUGA